AUGUCUGCCUCCAGAAAGAAGCUUCUUCUGAGUACAGUGUCCGUGAAACUUGGCUGCGGCACCUGCAGAGGGCCAAAACUCUAUCGCAUAUUCCGUCCAAAGCCUAAACCCAAGAACCUUCCCUCUUACCAAAACCACAAAAACCACUACAACCAUUUCUCUUCUUCCUCUUCUUCAGCCCAAUGGGCUGACAGCACCAGCACCACCCCCACCAACACCAACACCAACACCACAUUCUCUCCCUACGUUGAUUCCUCCAACUUUUCUGACUCCGACGUCAAGGCUGCAAGAACAGUGGGGGGUUUGGGAAGAGCUGGCAAAGAAGGGGUGGCGGUGGAGAAAGACUCCGAUGACCCUUAUCUCGACUUCAGACAUUCCAUGCUGCAAAUGAUAUUGGAGAACGAGAUAUACUCCAAGCAAGAUCUCAGAGACCUUCUCAGUUGCUUCCUUCAGCUCAAUUCACCGCACCAUCAUGGCGUUAUAGUCAGGGCUUUCACUGAGAUCUGGAAUGGCGUCUUCUCUGGCAGGUCCAAUUCACACAUCAACCGUAAGCCACGUCAGUUCUAA